UAAUUUUUUUUGCACGAAACAUAGUUUUGCAGUACGAAUAACGAAGCCGAGUACAUACAUAGUAAUCUAGCAGAUUGUCGAUGCCCUCCAGCUGCUCCGUUGUAAAGAAAAUCUAUAAUCCACCAAUGCUUUCGAAAUUUUCAAUCGUUUUUUAUUUUGUUUUGUUUCUUCUGUAAGAGAACUUCUGCGAAUGCUACUAAGUGUUGCAUUGAGGCUGGAACAGCUCGAAAUCGCAUGAAAGCUGUCGGGUUUAAAACGCCCACAAUACUCAAACAUCCGAAAUUUUUCACAACACAGUUUUCUGUCUCUGUAGCUGAGAUAAAAUGCUGUGUUCGAAUAAAUAAAAGAGGAAAAUACUUCCUGAUAAGCGACAGUACAAGGUCAUCAGGUCCUAUGCCGAUCAAACUGUAGUUUCGUUGGCAAAAUUGAGAGGGAAGUUGAAAUAGUUGUUUAACCAAGUUCGAUAACAUAGAUCAUGAGUUUUUCUGAGCUUUCAGAACAAAUAAUUCAUAUACUAGCUCUUUUUUAAUUGAUCUGAUAUAAGCUAAUAUGAGUGACAUUUAACUUUAUAUUUUACAACACAAAAUUUUAAUUUUCAUUAUUUUUUCAGUUUAAUGAGUGAUAUAUUCAGAUUUAUUUAUGUUGUUUGCGUGAGACAGACACUGAAAGUUGUUUUUUCCUUCAGAUGCUCUGAAAAUAUGUUAUGAUGUUGUUUUUCUUAAACAUCCUUAACAAAUAUCUUAAAAUUGAUUUAAGAUUAUAGUCUGAAAAGGGGUGCUCUCUGCUCCUUGAUAAGCUUUGCUUCAGAGAGAAUUCACUUCCUGGGAAUUCACUUCCAUGCAAAUCUUCAGGUGUCGUGCAUUUUUAUUUUUUUUAUGCUUAUUUUAUUUAAAAUUGGUAUGCUGUUUUUAUGUUGUUGUUAGUUGUUUUAAAUAUAUUGGAGUAUUUGUAUGUAGUUGAAUUGAAAAUCAAUGACCUGAACUUAAUUGAAACUGUUUAAUUCCAGACACAAAAAUUUUUGACAGCACUCAGCUUGGUAUCCAGUGAUAUCUUCUCCCAUAGAAAUUAAAGAUGGAAAGUUUUGUGGAAUCUACCUAGAAACUUCAGCAUCUAAAACCCUGUCCAGAAAGUGACUUUUUAGAAUGUUUGACUCAUCUUUUGAUCAAAUUGGUUAUAAGUUACAUUUAUGUCUUGUGAAUUUUACAAUCAGUUUAAUGUAAUUGGAAGGAAGAGUUAACAUCAGUUAGCCUUUUCUCAAAUAUUGCAUUUUUCUUUGCAAGAUUGACUUGAAAACCUCUAAUUGAGAACCUGCCAACCUUGUAAUGUUAUCUUUUUUUUGUCAAGAAGCCAAGACAUGAUUGACACCUAUGCAUAGCAAUUGAAAUCUAAUCUAUGUAAAUAGCAGAGAAAGGCUGAGAGGUGGUUAUUCAGAUUCAUGAAAUUUUCAUUUCUUUAAUUUCCUCUUGAAAUUUUCUUCAAUGGAUGCACAAGGAAUUUUCCAAUCAUCUCUGCUUUUCAGAUUACAGAAUCAGACAAUCACAAGGUCAAGUGUACCAGGGGAUUUUGAUUCUAGUGUAAAAUUGUAGCUCCCAGAAAAUUUUUUGUUGGCAUUAUCUUUUGUUCUUUGGAAACACCAGUUACAGACAUGUUCCAAAUCUCAGUAAAUUAUUAUAUGCUUCCGAAUCUUCUUUCAUGCUCUUAAAUUAAGAUUAUUGUCACAAAAUUACUUGACAUAAAAGUUGCAAUAAAGCUAACCCUCAUCUCACGUAGGCAAGAAAUGAUUGCACCGAUAUUAAUCUGUGGGGGUUUGCUGUUGUCAUGGAAUAUUCUCUUCUGUAUGUAGGCCUUGUUAGAGAUAAGGAUUUGGAAAAACCUAAAUAUUGAAGAGGCUUGAACAUUGAGGGGGCUUAACUGUGCCGUACCAUCCACCCCAAUUAAGAAUGAGGCUUGGCUGCCUUUGUAAUAUUUGGCUCAUGCUUAAUGAAAUAGAGGUAAAGAGUUUCUCUAGAGCAUAACCUCUUUGGAAAUAUUAAGGACCUUGUGCCCUACUUUUUCUUGAAAUUCCCAGUUUUUGCAACAUUUUUAUGAGUGUCAAACCCUUGCUAAACUGUAGUUUCCCAUUUCCAUUAUAUUUUAGUUUCUAAUAGGAAACAGUUCAUUUUAGGUGAAUAAUAUAGUUAGGUGCAAAUAAUAUUUUGAAAAAAGUAGAAGGUUCCCCAUCUGCCAAAAUGUCCACCACAGUGGAAACAAAACUCUGCCACUCCAUCCCCAAUCCCCAGUGUGCCUGCAUGCGUUCUGCAGCCUCAUUCUGGUUAAGGCGGUCGUUGUUUACUUUUCAUGCGGAAAAUAUGGCGGGUCAUUUGAAGCAUACGAAGUGAAUGUUCUACCGGAUAGCGAGAAGUGAGAAAUUGUGAGUCAAUUAUCGUGGCAAAUGUUUAUAAGAAUUUCUAGAAGUUUAUCAAAGCUGCGAGAAAAUUUCUGUGUGCAAGUAUGGAUUUUUAUAAGCUCAACGAGCUUGCUGUAAAGAAGGAAGAAGAACUCCGAGAAGUUAAAAGUUUACAGUUAGCAACUUUAAACAAAGAUUUAGAGGAAACUAAGAAGUUUUUGAAGCUUGAAAGAGCUAGAUUUCAAACACUGAAACAGGAUUUCGAAUACAAUUUGAAAAUUAUCGAGCAGAGAGAUCAGGAGCUUUUGACUUACGAAAAGUCUUUUGAUGAUUUCAAAAAGCUCGAUGUUACAAGAAGUUCUGAAAUUAGUGAUCUGAAGAUCAAAACUGAAGAGCUAAACAACAAAGUAGAAGCUUUGGAAAGAGAAAAAGAUGAGUUGGAAUUAUAUUACAGAAAAAGGAUUAAUGACAUGCAUACCCAAGUGAACAAAUGUUUUUCUGAAAAGAUGUUAGAAAUACAAAAAGAAAAAGAUGAGUACCUAAAGUUUAAGAAAAAUUCGGAGAGAAGAAUCAAGGAAUCGCAAGCUGAGAUGGAUGGACAAAAAAGGCAAAUGAUGUUUGAGUUUGAGGAGCAGAUGAGAAAGAAGGACAAUGAGUUGAAAGAAAAGUUGGAUGAAAUGAAUAAUAUCAUCUAUUGUAAAGAUCUUGAUAUAAAAUUACUUAAAAAAGAGCAAGAACUACUUAGAGAAGGCUCUACUAAGUCAACAGAAGAAAAAUCAGAGCUCUCCCAAGAAAUUGAUAUCCUAAAAAAACAACUAAAAAAGAAAGAUUGGGAUGUCAAAGAUAUUGAAAAUAUGGCUGAAAUAAAGUCUACUGAAUUGAAAAAAUGUGUUGAUGAUUUGAAGAAUGAGAAGGAGAAUAUGAAUGAUGAAUUCAAGAUGAUAUAUGCAAAUUUAAUAAGGAUAAAAGAGAAAGACUUGAAAAUUGAAAACAUGAAAGAAAUGAUUUCUGAAUAUGAAAGGAAAGCAAAACUAGAACAAGCAAAGUUAGCACAGGCUGUAGUUUCCAGAGAUUUGGAGAUUGAAACUCUACAAUCAGCUAAAGAUAAUCUUGAAGAGCAUCUAAAAGUGCUCCAUGUGGAUUUUAAGAAAUUGAGGAAAGAAAGUGAAUUGGUAAAAGAGAGAGAUUUAUUAAUCCAAACAAAGGAACAGCUUGAACUAGAGUGGCAAAAGAGAUAUGAUGAUGCUAGUUUACUUGCUGAGGAAAGAUAUAAAAAUGUGAUUUCCAGUUUAAAGGAAAGACUUGCAAACUUGUCAAAGGAAAUGGGACAGAAUAAAAUAGAAAUGGAACAAAGGGAUAAUUUGAUUAGAAUGCUGAAAAAAGACAAAGAUGUUGCUUGCAAUAUUCUGCAAAAUAAUGGCAUUAAGUUUGAUGGCUCCUUGAGGGGUUUUCAUGAGCUUGUUCCUAAAAAUGAAUUUGAUAGUUGCCUCAAACAGAAAGAGCAACUAAAAAGUGUUAUAAGUAUGAUGAGAAAAGAGAUAGAGGCAAUAGAAGAAAGACAUAAAAAAGAAUUAAGCCAGUCAUCUUUUCAAUAUGCAAAGGAUUUGGAGGAAGAAGUUAGAUACUUAAAAAUAGAUAAAAGAAAUCUACAAAACAGUGUUGAUGAUUUGAAUGUCCAGCUAGUUCAAGCAAGAAGGCAAAGAAGAGUUUCUUUUCAUGAGGAUAAUUCUAAGGAAGUUUGACUGCCAAAGGGUCAACCACAGCCUUGCAUGCCAAGCUACAAUCUGCUGCUAAGAAAAUUGAAGAACUUGUUAUUGAAAGGGACCAGCUCUUGAAUUUGGGUAAUAAACUUAGAUCUGAGUUAUCAGCUUUAAAGAUUCAAGAUUCGGUUAAAAAACAAAAGGGUAGUGAUACCAGCCAGGUGCAAGCCAUAUUCAGCAAAAAGGAUGAGGAUGGCUUAGAUGAAUUUGAAAAUUUGCAUUACAAAAUGAUGCUGGAAAAGAUGAGAGAUCAACCAAAAGAAGAAGUUAAGGACAUUGAAGUAGACAUUGGCUCAUCAAGUGAGAGCUUAACCCCUGAUGGAAGUUAUAGUAGAAAUGUUAGAAUUGAUGAAGAUGUUCCAGUAAGGGAUAAUACUUUGCGUAGUAUGGAAGACAAAAGAACUAUGAUACAAUCACAGUCAUUUGAACCCAUAAACUUAAUCCAACAAGACAAGAAGUCUAAGUUUGUUGUUAAUGUGACAUCAUCUUCUGAGAUGUCUUCGAUUCAAGAUCUUUGGAAAAUUCUUGAGGAAGCAGAGAGUAUUGCAAGCCAGACUCCAAGAAGUGUUUCCUUGCAAGGACCAAUCAUGCCUCGGAAAAAAGUACCAGGACACAGUCUUGAGGGUGCAUCACAAAGUAUAGAGGGAGUUGCAGAAAUUGAAGGACAAAAAUUAAUGCUUAAUGUUAAGGAACCUCCAAAGGAUUUGCAACUUAGUAAUAAGGCACAAGGCAAAGUGCAUCAGCUUAAAAAGAAGGCAAAAAUUAGGAAUUAUAAUGUUAAAGAUGAUUGAUUGGUGUUAAGUUAUUCCUUAGAGAUAUCACCUAUCAUUAUAUUUGAUACGGUAUUCAUCAAGUUUUAAAAGUAUAAUUUAAUAACCAUUGUCAUAUUGAAUGCAAAUGUAGAUCAAUUUGGAGUUGUUUUCAAUUUUGCAUUGUUUUUUGUGCUAGUGAAAAAGUUCUGAAUAAACCAUUUAGUGGAUAAUAUACUUUUUUCAAUGCUUUAGUUGGUAAUCAAUUUUGAUUUCUUUUUUAUAAUGUUUAUAUUUGCCCCUACAAAGUUAGGCUAGAUUAAUGCCACUUGGCACACAUUUUGGCCACAUUUUGAUAAUUAUUUCAGCAUCCUUCAUACACAUCUAAAGACCCAUGGUUCAGAUUUGGUCCCUUCUGUUCGGUUUUCAAGAGCCUGAAAUGUUCAUAAGUAAUUUAAUAAUGAAAUCUUUUCCUGGCAGAGCUUUCUAUUCUCUAGAAUACAGCUAGGUUAAAAACAAAGGUAGCUUAUGUUUACCUCAGUUUUGUUGAGAAAUUUCUAUAUAUAGGGCAGGAGAUUAGCUGUUUGUGCGGUCGUUUUCCUUUUAGGAUAAUCUCAUUAAGAAAACAGAACAAAGUUUGGCAAUGCCGGGGGGAGGGCUACAGUCCCCAGCUCCCCUGCUUUCGAGGGCCCUGAAGGGUACACAUUAAUGUAUCAGUAAUCCCCAACAGACAGAGAGUGGUGGUAUUUUGCACCCCCUCUCUCUAUUAAGUACUGAUAAAUAUAUUAAACAAUUACGGACGUGCUAGUUUUCAAUGGUGGCAAGGGCAAAUAUGCGUCUUACACGGUAUGUGUUAAAGCGUUGAUCUCAAUAACUGUCCAGACUUUUGUAGACAAAGUGCUACUCGAGGCAAUCAAAAAUAUUGUUCACUAGAUAGAAAAUUAUUUUUUAAAAGGAAAAAUAUUUUUGAAAAGAGAAACAUAUUUCCUCCUGUGUCGGAGCCCCAACCUCCUACAUGUGCUCCGACACAGGUUGGAAAGUGGGGGGGGGGGGCAAGGGGAAAUUUAAUACCAAUAGAAAAUAUUUUGAAAAAAGGCCCAAUGUUUUGCAAAAUGUUAGGUGACCUUGUUCUUAUUGGCAAUACACUGUCCAUCUCAUCUUAAGCGCAACAGCACGUGAAUCCCUGUGAUCUCCACCAAGCACACGCUCUUGCUCAUUUGCAAUAUUGUAGACGUUUGUUUGUUCU